AAAUAGGACACACCAUGUAGCCUAUGAGACGCUUGUCAUGGAGUGUACUGAGUGUCGAACACCAAAACUCCACCUUAGGAGGAUUCUAUGUGCCUCAGGUUUCUAUGUGCCUCAGGUUAUCUUUAUUUAUUUGUGUAGACAUGUAUAUGGCUUUGAAUAAAAAUCUAUGUUUUGAAAUUUGGCUGAUAGAUGAAAUUCUCGUUGAAACCACUGUUGACAUCAGUAUAUUUUGAUUAAACAGCCAGGCAUGGAAUAUGGAUGCAACUGCUAUUCUGAUGAACACUAUUUGCCAACAUUUUUCCAUAUUCUUGAUCCGGCUGGAAUUGCAAAUUGGUCCGUCACACAUGUUGAUUGGUCUGAAGGAAAGUGGCACCCAAAAGCAUAUCGGUCACAGGAUGUUACCUUUGAGCUAAUGAGAAAUAUUACAUCUAUUGUAGAUAGUGUGCAUGUUACAAGCAACGAAAGGAAGGAAAUUCAGAUUAGACCUUGCUUGUGGAAUGGAAAUCAACGUCCGUGUUACUUGUUUGCUAGGAAAUUCUUGCCUGAAACUCUUAAUAAUUUGAUGGCCCUUUUCUCCAACUAUACUUCUAUAUGAGUGGGGUUAUAGCUUCAGUGUUGAUUCUUUGGUCGAUUCAAGAGUUGCGCCAUUUCUCGUGGAGCUUCUUCUGCUGUUGUAAAGAGCAUUGUUUUAUAUAGAAUUGAGUGCUCCCCAAUAUGACUUCACUUUUAGUACUAAUGCAAUUGGAAGAACAUUGGAGUAUACUCCAAGCCGAGCUAAAGAUAAAGAACUUUGCUGCCAGUGUUGUUGAGGAUGAUUUUGGGUCUAAUUUCCCCCUCAAUUUUGUGGCUGUUUAAGUUUAUACCCCAAAAGGAAGGGAAAAAAAUAAAAAAUAAAAAA